AAGGCAACUUUGUGUACUCAAUAUCUCAUUCACAGUAUCUCUUACGGUUUCUGAGAAAUUCGAGUCAGUUAGGAAAAACUACCCACAGCAGAUACUAACACGCGGGCAACUCGUUGGAGCUCGCUUAACCACAGAUAUAAUUAUUGCUGGGCUGGAAUCUCACGCGUUAGCAGUUGGUUAGCUGGUUGGGCUAACGAUCAGCGGUGUGGGUAUAUCUGGGCUGGUUUAGUCGUGCUCAAGUGAAGGAUUCAGCUAACGUACUUUUAAUCUAACAAAGCUGGUUAGCAGUGGCAUGCGGAUGAAGGGCAGGGGGAGCCCGCGUUUGGGACUGCGCUGACAGCCCCGAGGACUUAUUCCGCUAAAAUAAAGGCUUUCAGACAUUCAUCAUGUUUAAUAAGUUCUACGAAUGGAUCGGAACCGGAAUCGCCAGUCUGCGAAACGGAGCUCCAGCUGGUACUGUUCAUGCCGGUUCCGUGAGAUUGGAUCAGGAUGGGACAUUACGGAGAAAAAGACCCAUAGACAGUUUGGAUGAUGGAGAUGCAGUUGAGGAAGAGAGGGUGGUGAAGAAAUUCAGAAUGGGAGACUUUAUGGAUACGGUGAAAAAUGCAGCCGAAGGAGUGAAGACCCAUGGUUCGAGUGUUGCGAUUUGGGUGAAGAACAGUGUCAGACCUAACCCUAGGAACAUGCUGCCGGCAUCACCGGGUCCACCUCAAACAGGAAUAUCACCAGAACCCGCAGCCAAUUCUGCUGCAUCAGCAUCUUUGUGGGUGGAAAACAAGUUUGGGGAUCGGUCAUGUGAUAUACUUGAGGCUCCAUCAUCCAACACAUUUGUGGCUCCAUCUAGUUCAGUUGAGUGGAAGACUGUCACAAAAUCUGACUCCUUAAGGAUGGAACAGUCAGUAACCAUAUCAAAAAUAAGCAGAAGACAAGUUUGUAUUGACCAUCCACCCCACGAGACACACAAAGCUAACGGUCACUCGGUUAAUUUACCUGCUGCCUCCAUGCCAAAACCAUCCCCCUCUCCCCGCUUGGGCAGGUCCCUGUACCAUCGACCACACAGCUUGCUGUCAUCUGCGGAGACCAGUUCAGGAAAAGCCACUUAUACCAGCCUGUAUGAGAAGACCUUUCCCAUUCGAGUGGUUCAGAGUCCUUCACAUGGCAGCUCAAACCGUCUCCUCCGGACCAGAGUCCGCUGUACAGCACAGGAGUCUGUGCGUGAGGAGGAAAAGGAGGUUUACAGGCAGCUCUUAGCCAUGGUGUCCAGUGGCCAGUCGACCUUCCUUCACGAUGGUAGUUCUCACUCCAGCAUUCGUUCGCAUCGAGAUUUCUCCAGCUUCCUGUCGUCCAGUCGAAGUUUUCUUCAAUGUGCCUCUCCAGCAGGCUCCGGUGCUGGUGUUUCGUCCUACGGGUUAUCCAGUCUGCCUCCCAGCCCCCAGCCUGGGUCCAGUCAGGCUUCCAGUGCCCUGCCCAGUCCUGGUGCAGCCUCCAGCAUUCCAGAGCCUCAGCUAUGGGCCCAUGACCUUGAGCCCACCGCUAAAAGACCAGCUGUUCCCUCAGCUCCAUCACCAGCUGCCCUUCAGGAUACCUCCUCUCAGGACACACAGUCAUCAGCUCACGAUGGAGAUUCAGUCAUUUUUGUAAAGGAGCAACAGGGCAAGAAGCCUGAGAGCUCGAGUGUGCCGUGCUUCAAGGCUGAACUGUGGAUCAAAGAACUGACUAGCCUCUAUGACUCUCGAGCUCGGGAGCGACGGAGGUUGAUUGAAGAGCAGGAAGCUCUGGCCUCUCAGCUCCUGCGCCAGCGUCUCUCUGGAGAGGGUCGAGCCAUCCCAGCGAGUGUUGAGCUGAAGGUUCGAGUCCCUCUGGAGAAGGAGGUUCCUGUUGCAGCAGUUAUCAAAGAGCCUCAGCCUAUUAAAGAGGAGCGAGAAUUCCCAGAGUUAACAGAGGACAUGGAGAAGGAGGUGAGCAGAGCUCUGAGAGGCGGCAGUCAAGAUGAGGUUCUCAGCGAGGGCUUCCGCCUCACCAUCACCAGGAAGGACCUGCAGACCCUCAACCACCUCAAUUGGCUCAAUGAUGAGGUUAUUAAUUUCUACAUGAACCUGCUUGUGGAGCGCAGUAAACAGCCCAACCUGCCCUCCGCUUACACCUUCAACACCUUUUUCUAUCCCAAGCUGCGUAGCUCCGGUUACUCUGCUGUCCGCCGCUGGACUAAGAAAGUGGACAUCUUUUCUGUAGACAUCAUUCUGGUGCCUGUCCACCUGGGGGUGCACUGGUGCUUGUCUGUGGUGGAUUUUCGUAAGAAGAGCAUCACUUACUUUGAUUCCAUGGGAGGAAACAAUGACGAAGCCUGCAGGAUUUUAUUAAAAUAUCUGAAACAAGAAAGUGAAGACAAGAAAGGGCAGAACUUGGAUACCUCAGAAUGGACUCUAAAGAGUAAAAGGCGCAAUGAGAUCCCUCAGCAAAUGAAUGGAAGUGACUGCGGAAUGUUCACAUGCAAAUACGCUGAAUACAUCACCAAAGACCGACCAAUCACAUUCACGCAGAAACACAUGCCCUAUUUCAGAAGACGAAUGGUAUGGGAGAUCCUGAAACAGAAACUCUUGUGAUUGGACACUAUUUGUGUGUGUGUGUACAGAACAUUAUUUUGGUGUGUCGUAUGGAUAUGAGGGCUCCUGUGCACUUCAGGAACCCCGAGACAAAUAUGGGAUGCCCUCAAUCACUGCUCAUUUCUAUGCUG